AUGUCAGGCGAGUUGAUGAGCGACCACUGGGUCACAUUGGACUCGGUCUCCGCAGGUGUCCAUUGCAUUCCACCCGAGUUUGUCGCCCCCUCAUUCAUUCGCCUGUCGCCUGCGUCUCCUGACGUCCCGCUAAGCCUCACCGUGAAAUUUGCCCUGCGCUACGGGGAAGGUAGCAUUUGCCUGUAUUCUUACCUGCGCACGGGCGAGUUCCUCGGUAACUUGCCAUCCCCCGACACCCGCGCCCCCGUCCUUGAGGCUCACAUCAAUGUGACCUUCCUGCCUACGUGUACCGUGCUCGUGCAUAGCGUAGCUGACCCAAUAGGUUUUCCUGAGGAGGAGGAGGCCCGGGAGAAGGAGGGGAGUCCAUGGUCGCGGGCUACGUACGAUCGGCUGCGUUCGGAGCUGGGUGUCAGGACAGAAGUAUAUUACAUUCCUGACGCCAUACAUGGGCUCCUCCUCCUCGGGGUGGAGGUGCCAACUGUUGGAGGCUCAACCGGGAGCGGUAAUUUCCGUUAA